AUGUCUUCAGAGGAAAUCUUUAAUUCGACCUUUUCUACUGAAGAUCUGACAGAGCUGAAAGCGUAUCCUUUAAGAUGGAUCGUAUUUAGCCUAUUGGCCAUCCGCCUGGUGGGAACAAUCGGAAUGGGUCUUCUUCUUGGAUUCUCAUCCAUCUGGCUUCGACGCAACUAUUACGAGGUUUUCCUUCUUGUCCAUAUCUCCCUCUCAGCGGUAGUCCUCGUUGGUUUGUUCAUUCACACAAGCGUGUUUACUGGUGGAUACGAUAGGUAUCUUUGGCCAGUAGUGAUUGUUUGGCUAUUAGACAGAAUUGUCCGCAUCAUCAGAUUGAUAUAUUGCAAUCUCUAUAUCCGGCAAAACGGCGAGGCGCUUCUCAGUUCCAAAGGUACAGCGUCCUACGAUAGCGCCUCCAAACUCAUCCGGCUUGAAAUAACCCCGGGAUCUGGAGCUUUAGCUCCGCGUCCUGGCCAGUUUUACUAUAUAUACCAACCGCUGAGAUGGAGAGGUUAUGAAAGUCAUCCAUUCACAGUCGGAAGUUGGUCGCAGAUUACGGACAAUAAGGGAUUUAGCGGGGCUGAGAUUGUUCAUUCUGAAGAAAGAAAAAGUGGAUAUCCAGCCAAAUACACCCUUGUUUUCUGGAUUCGGCCCUUUGACGGGUGGACGCGCAGGCUCCGAUCACAGUGCAUACACUCUGAAGGGAACAAAAUCGAAACUACAUUUCUACUUGAAGGGCCGUACGGUACUUCGAUCCCGUUAUAUAAUUUCGAGAAUGUUGUCUUGAUAGCUGGCGGAGCUGGCUUUGCAGGAGUAUGGCCGCAUAUAGAGGACCACAUGAGGCGCUCUCAGUCGCUCGAUUCGCAACAAACACAUGUUGGAGUUCAUUCGCCAGCAGCUCCGUUGGUACGAACGAAAAGUAUAACAUUGGUCCUCGCCUCCCGGCAAUCUGGACUUUUCAACGAGCUCCUCGAAACCGAAACGGUUUGCCGACUGAGUAAAUUGGGCGUUAAAAUAGAAUUCUACUCGACUUCUCGCUCUACAAACUCUUCAACAAAUAUCCAGGAACCGGACGAGAACACCCGGCUACUUUUAGAAGAGAACGAGACUCUCUCUGGACAACAUGCCCCUACGUUCAUACCAAUCAAGCAUGGCCGUCCAAAUAUCAGGAAGAUAUUAAAUCAGGCCUUGUGUAACUCUUGCGAAACUGAGGCGGGCUCAUCGAAUACUAAUAUGCGAGCUGCAGUGCUAGUUUGUGGACCUGCGGCGAUGUCAGAUGAGACAAGAAUCGCAGUUCGCGAAUUGCUACAAAAGGAGCGGAGAGGAAUUGAAUAUUAUGAAGAAGCGUUCAAUUGGUAG